AUGCUCAUGACCACCCGGGAUUCCUCCUCCGGAGCGGAAUCGAGUAUGGACUUCAACCACCAAGAAACGCCAACUAAACGCAGCGUUUCGGGCUCACUCUCAGUCGACGAAGAAGAGGAAGCCGAGGAUGCGGAGGUGUGGGACCAGUUUAACCGCAGGUUCCGCGAGGUACAGGCCGUACUGGAUCGGAACCGAGCCCUGAUCCAGCAGGUGAACGACAACCACCGCUCUCGAGUCGCCGACAACAUGGUCAAGAACGUGGGCCUUAUCCAAGAGAUCAACGGCAACAUCUCCAAGGUCGUUUCGCUUUACUCCGACCUCUCCUCCAAUUUCUCCACCUUCUUUCACCACCGCAACGACAACGCCAACGCCAAGCCCACAAACUAG